AUGUUUGAGAAGUCGCUGAGCGCGCUCAUCAAGGGCUUGCGCUCCCAUCGCGGCAAAGAUGAGGCCAAGUACGUCGCCAGCAUGCUUGAAGAGAUCCGUGCAGAAAUCAAAAGCGGCGACAUGGAAAUCAAGGCAGAGGCCGUCUUGAAGCUCGCCUACCUGCAAAUGCUAGGCUACCGCGUCUCCAGUGCCUCGUUUCACAUUCUAGAGACAAUGGCAUCUUCUAGAUACCACACAAAACACAUUGGAUACCUAGCUGCGACUCUAUGCUUUGCAGAAGACACAGAAGUGCUGAUCCUUGCUACGAACCUCAUCAAGAAAGACCUCAACUCCGCUAUGCCCCUCGAUGUCCUCGCAGCGCUGAAUGGCCUCUCACAUCUCAUCACACAGGAAUUGGCCCAGCACCUCGCUGAUGAUAUCCUGCGCAUGCUCACCCAUACCCGUCCGCUCGUGCGGAAACGCGCCGUUCUCGUGUUGCACUCGGCCAUAACCAAGUGCCCUGAAAUUCUAGAUCGCGUUUGGGAGCGCCUGCGCGAUCUGCUGUGUGAUGAAGAUCCUGGUGUUGUUACGGCCACUGUCAAUAUGAUAUGCGAGCUCGCGCGGCGUCACCCGGCACCAUUCGUGCCACUGUCGCCUCAGCUCUUUCAGAUCCUCACGACCACUAGCAAUAACUGGCUCCUUAUCAAGGUCAUCAAACUGUUUGGCGCUCUUGCUCCUGUCGAGCCGCGUCUUGUGCGCAGGCUCCUUAAGCCUAUCACCGACAUCAUCUCUACCACGCCUGCCAUGAGCGUCCUGUACGAGUGUAUUCACACCAGCAUCAUCGGCGGCAUGCUAGAGGGAGCAGGGUCCGACGAACUCGCCCGUAAGUGUGUGGACAACCUGGGCCGUUUUCUCCAGGACGUCGACCAAAACUUGCGGUUUAUUGCACUUGUUGCCCUUGGUAAAGUGGUGCCAACGCAUGCGUACCUUGUUGCGCAGCACCAAGAGACUAUAUUACAUUCCAUCUGGCAUCCCGACCUGACCAUCCGUUUGCGCGCACUCGACCUAGCCUGCCACUUGGCCUCGGAACCAGCCUCACUCCGCCAUAUUGUCGGCGUCUUAUUGUCCUACUUGGAGGAGAUGGACCUGACUAGCAUGUCCCAGAAUGCGUCGCAGGCUUUGAAAGCAGCACUGGAUGCCGACGAUGCGAUGGUCACAGAACCCGCUUCUGCACCCCACCUGUCUGUGUCUACCAACGCCACGUUCCGGGCACAAGUCGCAGAAAGCAUCCUCGACCUGGGUGCCGCCGAGAACUAUGCCCUUAUCCCCGACGCCGUAUGGUAUAUGAACGUCCUGGUUCGCCUCGCACCCCUGGUAGAUACCACGGUCGUGUCGCGUGUGGUGGAUCAGCUCACGGAAAUUGUCUUCCUCCACGCUUCGGCCCGGCAGCGCGCCUGUGAGCGGCUACAGACGCUUCUUUUGGACCCAACGCAGUAUGAGCCCAAUACUUCGACGGCAGAGCUACUCCGCGCAGGUGCCUCAAUUUGCAGCGAGUACGUGGAGUACGUCGACAGUGUGCCGCCCCUGGUCCGUGCACUAGUGCAGGAUCGUCUGUCGAACCUGCCACCUCGCUCAAUGGCCGUUUUGAUCCACAGCGCACUGAAACUCUACGCUUACUGGGCAGCCACGCUCUCAUCACAGUGGUCAAAUGUCUGCCAGGAGGAAUUUGAAGGCCUUACAAACGAUGUCAUGGCACAGCUGACCAAGUGGGCCAAGCACGAGGAUUCGGAGGUGCAUGAGCGUGCGCAAGAGGGACUGCAGUUAUUUGUCCUUAUCAAGAACAGCCUCAGUACUUCGGCGGACGACUCUUCGCAGCGACCUGAGUCGGCUAGCUCUUGGACAGAUGCUACAGCCUCGGAACAGGGCGGCCCGCGAGCGCUGCACCUACUUCUGCCGCUAUUUUACACACGAGCCCAGGAUGUAAAUGUGCCUGUGGCCCGCUUGCCAGAGCAAAUGAAUCUUCAUGCUUGGAUUGCCCCUGAAAGCUCCUGGAAAAAGAUGCUCAAGGUGGUCGACCCGGCAGGAGCACUGGGGACCCGCUCGGCACGUACCACGUCCAAAUCCAAGCAGAAACCGCGGAUGCAAGAGCCGCCACACAAAGAGGAAGAGACGCAGAGAUCGUCUUCAUCUUCUUCUCACAGAAGGCAUGAGGACAGUCCAUUUUAUCUGACGUCCUAUCCUCGGGGAGCGCGUUCCAAAUUGAGCUCACGAUCCAAAAUAUCAGACCUUGCUGCGGCAGAGCCGGAAGACGUGUCUACGACCUCCGCAUCGCAAGACAAUUUGGACGAUGUGCCAAUUGUAAAGCUUGAACUUUCAGAUUUGUCUUCAAUGCCUAAACAUGAUACCCCGACAGCUGGUGGGACGUUGCAGCCAAAAAAGGUGGCCCACAAAAAGCGCGCACAGCGUAAAUAG